AUGUUCGCACUUUCUCUCAGUCAUCGCCCGCGUCUCGACACCGUCUCGACGCGCCUCGUUUCUCGGUCUGCAGCGACUGAUAGACUUUGCUCAAUCUUCACCGGCAUCCGCGCAGCCCCCUAUCCGACUCUCGCCGACUUUCUGGGUUCCCCUUCUCAGCGCGGGCCCGUGCGCGAAGGCGUGCUUGUGGCUCCUGGGCCGGAACCCGAGCUCUGUUUCCGUUUCCCGUGGGCCGACGUCUCUUCAUUUGGGCUUGCAGUGACGUGGGCGUGGGUGCGCAGGGCGUCGCACGCCCGCAUCCGGCCUGCAUGCGUGAACGGCGUGGCGGGUCGUGUGCCCCUCUCGCUGCUCGCCACUAGUGCUCUGUCUCCGGUGCUCCGAAGCCCCCCCCCCUCCGCAGGCAUUUCCGAUCGGGCAUCGCCGACGUGCGGUCGACGCGAGUCGUGA